ACCCUAUCCAUCACCACCAACCAUGGCUACCCCAACCCGCCUAACCCGGACCCUAAUCCGCUCAUCCCUCCGCCCGCUCUCCAAACCCAUCACCGCCCGCCACUACCGCGCCCACGACUCCCCGCCCCCAGCACCCUUCACCCCAGCCGAAUCCGCCAUCCUCUCCGCCGCCCUCUCCCACGUCCCCGCGAACGGCUUCACAUCCACCGCCCUACGGCUCGGCGCGCGCGACGCGGGCUAUCUCGAUGCGUCGACGAACCUAUUCCCGCGGGGGGCGUUCGAUCUGGUGAAUUACCACCUCGUGACGCAGCGGCUGGCGCUGAAAGACGCCGUGCAGUUCCCUGCUGGGGAGAGGAUAGGAGUGGGCAAGAAAGUCAGGACGCUGGCGCUGGCAAGGCUGCGGGCGAAUGAGGAGGUCGGGGUUGUGGGGCGGUGGGGGGAGGCACUAGCCCUAAUGGUCCAACCCACCCUCGUCCCGGCCUCCCUCGCCGAGCUCGCGCGGCUGGCCGACGAGAUGUGGUUCUUGGCUGGCGACACGGCGGUGGAUUCGAGCUGGUACACGAAGCGCGCGAGCCUGGCGACGGUCUACUCGGCGACCGAGGUGUUUAUGACGCAGGACCAGUCGGCGGGGUUCAAGGAUACCGAGCGGUUUCUGGAUGCGCGGUUAGAGGAUGUGAUGAGAGUUGGGGGUUUCUUGGGCGGGGUGGGCGAGUGGGUGGGCUACACGGGGCACAGUGUGGUGAAUGUGUUGAGGAGUAAGGGGGUGAGGAUAUGAGUGGGAAGAGACGUCGUCUGCGAUGUGGGAGGGGGCAAAUGUGUAAGAGUGGCUGUAAGAUUAUACUGUAGGGAAAAAUGGUGAUCUAAUGGGAUAGGCAAGCUUUAGCAUCGAGAAGGCGUUUGGAAGCUGUGUUGAAGUUAUGUCUCAAGCCGAACAUAUGUUCGCGUUCUCACUGUGAGUAGCAUCGCUCUAGGACUGUGGUAGGUCUAGGUGCUUCUUUUACAGAUAUGUCUGCUUCUACUUAAAAGGGGUUUCUUUCACUCAUGCAGCGAAGGAUUCUUCGCAAUCAUAAUCUUGACAUUCGUCCUGUCUAUUACCCUCAAGGUCAUCUCUGUCCUA